UAAAAAUUCAACAUGGGUAUUUCAAGAGACUAAGAUACAAGAAGAAGGUGUCCGGUGGUAGAAUGCCAAUCCACAAGAAAAAGAGAAAGUUUGAAAUGGUAAGACAACCAGCCAUGACUAAACUCGAAAAGAAAAAAAUCAGUGUAGUCAGAGGAAGAGGAAGCAACCUUAAGCACAGAGCUAUUAAACUUUACUUCUGAAACUAUACUUGGCAAUCCGAAAGUGUGUCCUUUAAAAUAAAAAUCUUAAAUACUGUAUACAAUGCUACCAAUAACGAGCUCACCAGAACUAAGACCCUUGUCAAGAAUACUAUUGUCCAAAUUAAUUCAACUCUAUUCAGAAACUGGUACUUGCAACAUUAUGGAAUUGACUUGUCUGGUAAGGAAGACACCAUCAAGAGAUCAGGCCACUCCAAGACUAAGCUCAAGACCAAGCAAGAAAAAAGAACUAUUGACUAGAAAGUCGCAAAUAUGAUUGCUAAAGGUAAAGUUCUUGCUGCAAUCUCCUCAUGAUCAUGACAAUCUGGAAGAGCUGCUGGAUACCUUUUUUAAAGAAAAGAACUUUAAUUCUACCUUAAGCAGAUGGAAAAGAAAAAUAAUCGCUACAAUUUGUUCUAAGGAUUAUGCCCACAAUUACUCUUGUCUUUAUGCUUCAUCUGACAGUAAAUACAUGAAAGAAUGUGUUUAGCUAGCAAAAAUUAUUGUGUUAGCUCAUUCACUCAUCAUUUACUGAUACUGACAUUUGCUUCCUAAUUUCUAGCCGAAAUAUAAAAAUUAUU